AUGGCUGAUUCUGGUGACACCGUCGGCGAUAAGCGGGGCUUUCAUGCUUUGGCAUCGCACGUGUGGCGGAAACUAAAACAGAUCGAUCUCAACCCGGAAACGGCAUUCAAGCGCAAGCGUCCACCGCCAUCAUCGAGACGCGUUAUGAUCAAUAUAGAAUUGCCGAAGGAAGCGUACGACAAGCGUGGACGCGUCCGUCGACAAUGGAUGUUUGCUACGAACCAAGUUAUUACGGCCAAGUAUACGGUAUACAACUUUGUUUUCAAGAAUCUUUUAGAGCAGUUCCGUCGUGUGGCUAACAUAUUUUUCUUGGUACUCGUGAUUCUUCAAUUUUUUCCGCAAUUCACCACCAUUAGUCCUGGUCUUGCCAUGCUUCCACUAUUGAUUGUCUUGUUCAUCACUAUGGUGAAGGACGGGUAUGAAGACAUCAAACGGCACCAGUCAGACAGGACUGUAAAUCGUCAAAAAACACGUGUGCUUAGCGGUCAUGGGUACACGAAUCACAACAAGACAGAGGGCAAAUCGCGCAGCCUGUUGCUGAUGUGGCAGCUUGCCUGGCGUUAUGUGAUGCCCCCUUGGCUGGUCGAGAAGUUUAGCAAGAAGCGGAAACAACAAGCCGUUUCCAUGCAUGAUCUAGGUGCUCAUGCUCCUCCGGGUUCUCCACGGCCCCUAUCGCCAGACGCGGCUCACGGCCGCUUUUCGUCCAUGAGCUUUGACCGGCCCAGUACCAUCGGCAAGAGCUCGCAUGAUGAGCCAAGGCAUAGCUUGUCAUUGAGUGGCCACGGCGCCUCAGCGUACUGGCGCUCUCGUCAUUGGGACGACGUCAAGGUGGGCGACAUAGUGUGCCUACGAAACAACGAUCCUGUUCCUGCUGACAUUGUGAUCUGUGCGACCAGUGAGGACGAUGGCAGCUGUUAUGUCGAGACAAAGAACCUCGAUGGGGAGAUCAAUCUAAAAAGUCGAUAUGCUGUCCAGCAACUCACAGACAUGCGGUCGCCCGAAGCAUGCCUUGACCGUCAGUUCGACGUGGAAGUCGAGCCGCAAAACACCGACAUGUACCGCUUCAGUGGGUGCGUGAAUUUGUACGAUGAGUUUGAUGAAGAGGGGAAUCCGUUGGCGUGCCCUGUCACUUUGAAUCAGGUGCUUCUUCGUGGAAGCGCGUUGCGUAACACGGAAUGGGUCAUCGGUGUCGUUGUCAUGACCGGUGCCGACUCCAAAAUCGUGCUGAACUCUGGUGACACGCCCAGCAAGCGUAGUAUUAUGGAAUAUGAGAUGAACAAGAUGGUGUACGUCAAUCCUGGGCAUCAUCGGCGCCAUGGCCGUGAUCUGUGCGAUUGCUGA